AUGGAAAAAGUAGAUGAUACUAUUGCUGGGAAUGUUAAUAAGUGGGUGCUAAAUUAUAUUAAGAGGCAUGGUGGUCCCUAUGAAAUUCCAGCAGAAUAUAAACAAUCAUGGGAACUAAUGCAGAAGUUUUUAGAAAAAACUUUAUUUGAUAAAAAGGUUUCAGAGAACAAAAGAAAAGGGUGUAUUUUGCAAGGUUUGCUGUCAUGUUGUGUAAAACUAGAAGAAAAUGGUAAAGUGAAAGAAAAUGAAAUGUCACAGCUUAAUGCAACAAUGGUGGUAAAAUCUGAGAACUAUGAUAAAUCAUGUAAUGAACUGAAUGAUAAGAUUGUUGAUAUGCGAGUGCAUGCAGUUGUAACUGGUGAAGCACUAAUUGAAAAAGCAAAGGUGUGUGACACAUUAACAGAGCAGAAUGAGCAGAUGAAUGAGAGAAUUUUGGAAUUGGAAAGGGAAGUGGAUGAAUGUAGGCAUGUGACUAAUAUGGCUUUUAAUAGAAUGGCAGAAAGCAUGGUAGCUUGUAGUAUGUCUCCUGCACCCAAAGUUCCUAAAGUUGCUGAGUCUGUUAAUAACGCAGGAACUGGAGGUGUAGAUUUAAAACAAAAGCCAGUGAUAAAUCUCCCUGCUGCACCAACUACUGUAUUAAACCAUGAUAAUACAGGGGAAGUGCAGUUAGUUACAAAAAGAUUAAAGCCACAAGAAAUGGAUAACAUAGUAAAGCAAAUUGGGCAGGUUCCACAGCAGGAUUUCAAUUGUUUUUUGCAGUGGCUUUGCAAUUUUAAAAGAAUUACAGAGAUGUACAAUUUGACUGUUGAGGAUAUAAAGAAGGUGUGGCAGAGAGUAAUUGGAAAUGGUCUCUGGGUCAGGAUUGUACAGAGGUGUGGGCAGACACCUAGAACUGCAGAUAUAUUUAAAGAAAUAAUGUAUGUGCUUUAUGGAAUUCAUUCUGAUGUGUCUUUGUGUGGAAAAAUUAAACAGUUAAAACAGGAAUCUCCCUAUGAAUUGUCAGAUAGAAUUUCCACAGUUUUGAACAAUGUAAUUGUAAAUAAUUCUGGUUUUGAACAUGGAGGAAUGGUACACAGAACAAUUUUUCUAGAUGCUCUGGAGGAAAAUAUCAGAGAAGGCAUAUUAUCUGUAACUCCUAAUCCUUCAGACCUAAAUGAUAUACUCCUAAGGGCUGAUAAUUUUUGGAGGAAAAUAUUUAAAAAUAAUAUUUCUGUAGUGGCUUCAGUGAGAGGUUCUACGGAAAAAGGGCAAAACUAUCAUUGUCUAGGUCAAUAUAGAGAAAAAGACAGAAUUUUUAGAAGUGGAUCUCAGUAUGGACAGGAUCAGAAUUACAAAAGGAAAUUAAGGUCUAAGACUUGGAUUCCAUUCUCCCAAAUUAAAAAUGAGUAUGAGGAGUUGAAAACAGAAUAUAAUAAGAUAAAAAAAGAGCGGAAUGAACUAAAAGAACAAAUUGAUAAUCUUAAAGCUAAAUGCAGGUGUAAUAUGUCUACAAGAGUAGGAGUGGUAGAGUCCCCUGAUAUUAUGGACAUCUGUUCAUAG